AUGGCUAAAGUGGGCAACGGCUUGGAUCAGCAUGGCUCGAGCUCGAACGAGGAUCAAGCCACUUACUCGCUGCGAACAGUGGGCAACGGCUUGGAUCAGCAUGGCUCGAGCUCGAACGAGGAUCAAGACACUCACAGUCUGCGAACAGUAUGGAAUGGCUUGGAUCAGCAUGGCUCGAGCUCGAACGAGGAUCAAGACACUCACAGUCUGCAAACAGUGGGCAAUGGCUUGGAUCAGCAUGGCUCGAGCUCGAACGAGGAUCAAGACACUCACUCGCUGCGAACAGUGGGUAAUGGCUUGAAUCAGCAUGGCUCGAGCUCGAACGAGGAUCAAGACACUCACAACCUGCGAACAGUGGGCAACGGCUUGGAUCAGCAUGGCUCGAGCUCGAACGAGGAUCACAACACUCACAAGCUGCGAACAGUGAGCAACGGCUUGGAUCAGCAUGGCUCGAGCUCGAACGAGGAUCAAGACACUCACAGUCUGCGAACAGUGUGGAAUGGCUUGGAUCAGCAUGGCUUGAGCUCGAACGAGGAUCAAGACACUCACUCGCUGCGAACAGUGUGCAAUGGCUUGUAUCAGCAUGGCUCGAGCUCGAACGAGGAUCAAGACACUCACAGGCUGCGAACAGUGCGCAAUGGCUUGGAUCAGCAUGGCUCGAGCUCGAACGAGGAUCAAGACACUCACGUACUGCCAACAGUGCACAAUGGCUUGGAUCAGCAUGGCUCGAGCUCGAACGAGGAUCAAGACACUCACGUACUGCGGGCAGUGCGCAAAGGCUUGGAUCAGCAUGGCUCGAGCUCGAACGAGGAUCAAGACACUCACAAACUGCGAGCAGUGGGCAAAGGCUUUGAUCAGCAUGGCUCGAGCUCGAACGAGGAUCAAGACACUCACAGGCUGCGAACAGCGUGGAAUGGCUUGUGUCAGCAUGGCUCGAGCUCGAACGAGGAUCAAGACACUCACAGUCUGCGAACAGUGUGCAAUGGCUUGGAUCAGCAUGGCUCGAGCUCGAACGAGGAUCAAGACACUCACGUACUGCGAACAGUGUGCAAUGGCUUGGAUCAGCAUGGCUCGAGCUCGAACGAGGAUCAAGACACUCACUUCCUGCGAGCAGUGGGCAAUGGCUUGGAUCAGCAUCGCUCGAGCUCGAACGAGGAUCAACAGACGUACUACCUGCAAGCAAACGCCCAACAUGAAUGA